ACGGAAGGCGGGGCUAAAGAAGCUUAACGGAAUCCAGACGCAAGUGAAAUUGUCCGCUCGCCUCGCUGCGAUGGCGGCGGCGCCGAACACAGUCACCCCGCUGGCGGCGGAGUCUUCCCCUCAGGAAGCUACCGUCUCUGCCGCCUCCUCCUCCUCCUACACCGCCUGCGCGGCGGCGGCGGCGGCGGCGGCGGCGGCAGCCGUAAUUGUUCCUGCCUCCUCCGCCACCUCCACCCCUGCCUGCCCGCCUGCCGGUGGCUUUGGCGGCGACGGCGGCGGCGGCGGCUUUGGCGGCUCCACAAUGGCGGCGGCGGGGAGGGGGGGCAGUAGUUUUAAAGUAGACACCCGCCCUUGCCUCAGAGAAGAUCCCAUUUGGAAUAAACAGAAAAAGGCUGAACUUUUUACAGAUAAGUUUUGUCAAGUAUGUGGAGUGAUGCUACAGUUUGAAUCACAAAGAAUUUCACAUUAUGAGGGUGAAAAACAUGCUCAAAAUGUUAGUUUUUAUUUUCAAAUGCAUGGAGAGCAAAAUGAAGUGCCUGAUAAGAAAACGAUGAUGCAUGUUGAUAAUUUUCAGGUGCAUAGGAAUGAAGGAGUAGACAAAAACAAAUUUUGUGAUAUCUGCAACAUAAUGUUUAGCUCCCCACAUAUUGCUCACUCUCACUAUGUGGGAAACGUCCAUGCUAAAAAACUGAAGCAAUUAAUGGAGAAAUAUGAUCAGGCAUCUCCACCAGGAUUUCAACCAGAGAUGGCAGGAGUGCCUCUUACUACUUCUGCAGCGUCAACCUUCCUGAAGCCCCUUGCUGUCAAGCCUCCUCCAGCAUUUAGUAUGAGAACCUAUGUUUGCCAUAUUUGUAGUAUUGCUUUUACAUCUUUAGAUAUGUUCCGGUCCCACAUGCAAGGAAGUGAACAUCAGAUUAAAGAAUCCAUUGUUAUCAAUCUAGUGAAGAAUUCAAGGAAGACACAUGACUCUUAUCAAAACGAAUGUGCAGAUUACAUCAACGUGCAGAAAGCCAGAGGACUAGAGCCCAAGACUUGUUUCAGAAAGAUGGAACAGAGUUCUUUGGAAACACACAGAUACAGAGAAGUGAUUGAUUCCAGACCCAGACAUAGAAUGUUUGAGCAAAGGCUCCCAUUUGAGACUUUCCGAACAUACCCCAUACCAUACAAUAUUUCACAAGCAGUGGAAAAGCAGUUGCCUCAUUCAAAGAAGACAUAUGACUCUUUCCAAGAUGAACUUGAAGAUUACAUCAUACAGAAAGCCAGAGGACUGGAUCCAAAGACUUGUUUCAGAAAGAUGAGAGAGAACUCUGUAGAUACUCAUGGACAUAGAGAGGUUGAUUCUGGACCCAGACCAAGAAUGUGUGAGCAAAGAUUUUCACGUGAGGCUUCUCAGACCUACCAACGACCAUACCAUAUUCCACCAGUGGAAAGCCAGUUACCUCAGUGGUUACCGGCUCAUUCAAAGAGGACAUAUGAUUCUUUCCAAGAUGAACUUGAAGAUUACAUAAAAGUGCAGAAAGCCAGAGGACUUGAGCCAAAAACUUGUUUCAGAAAGAUAGGUGAUAGCUCUGUAGAAACACAGAACAGAGAAAUGGUUGAUGUCAGACCUAGACAUAGAAUGUUGGAGGAAAAGAUCCCAUUUGAGACUUUUCAGGCCUAUUCAGGACCGUACAGUAUUUCACAAGCAGUGGAAAACCAGUUACCUCAUUGUUUAUCAGCUUAUGACAGCAAACAGAGACUAGAUUCUAUUAGCUACUGUCAACUCACCAGAGACUGUUUCCCAGAAAAACCAGUACCCUUGAGCCUUAAUCAUCAAGAAAAUAACUCUGGCUCAUACAGUGUGGAAUCUGAAGUUUAUAAGCACCUCUUCCCAGAAAACAAUACUAUUGACCCUCAAGCAGGUCAUAAACGGAAACAUCAGAAGAGAAGACGACACCUGGAAGAAGGCAAAGAAAGGCCAGAGAAAGAACAGUCCAAGCAUAAAAGGAAAAAGACUUACGAAGAUACAAAUUUAGACAAAGACAAGAGCAUCCGACAAAGGAAAAGAGAGGGAGAUAGAGUCAGGGUUAGUUCAGGAAAGCUUAAGCAUCGAAAAAAGAAAAAAAGCCACAAUGUACCUUCUGAGAGAGAAGAACGUAAGCACAGGAAAGAGAAAAAGAAAUCUGUUGAAGAAAGAACAGAAGAGGAAAUGCUUUGGGAUGAGUCUAUUCUUGGAUUUUGAAUGUUUAGUUUUGUUUACCCAAGGUUAAAUUGAAAAAACAGUAUGAAUUUAGAAAAAGACCACAACAUCUGAUAAAGAAAAGAAGAGGUAGAUACAGUCAGUGUCAGUUCAGGACACUUAGUUUUUUUGUAUAAAAAUUAAAACUGAAUUAAAAGAAGAAAAAAAAACCUAAACUUAAUAUCUGAAAAAGAACAUAAGAACUCAAGGAGAACAUAAGAGAAAAGCAAAACUGUUAAAGAAAAGAGAAGAGUCGGUGUUUUGGAAUGAGUCGACGCUUGUGUACUGAACUUUUAGUUUUGUUUACCCAAGGAUUAAUUGAGAAAAUCAGCUAAAAAAAUGGACUUAGACAAACACAAGAGGAUCAGAUGAAGAAAAGGAUAGGUAGAUACAGUCAGUGUCACUUCAGGAAAGCUAUUUUUAAAAAGCUUGUGAUUUAAUUGAAAGAAGAAACAACAACAAAAAAGCCUAAACCUAGCCUCUGAAAACUAACAUGAGAACACAAGAAGUUAAGAGAAAAAUAAACCUACUCAAGAAAAGACACAAGACACAUUUUUAACUUUUUAGUUUUUUUCCUUCAAAGUUGAAGAAAAAGUUAAAGAGUUGCUUUCAUAAAAUUCGUGUUAUUGGAAUUUUUCUAGGUAGAUGGCUACUUUAAUCUCUAAAAAAGCCAAGUGAAGUAAAAGUAUUCAAUAUGCUUUUUCCUCAAGUUACUUUCCUUCAUUUUCUUAAAAAAGAAAAAGAAUUAAGUGUUUCUCACAUAUCUCACAUGUAAUGAAAUUGUGUCUACUUCUGCUCAUCAAAUUGCUGUGAUAAUGAAUUAUUUAAUCAUGGGAGAUAAUUUAUUUUAAAGGACAGAAUUGCCAAGCAUUACAAAGUCAAUUCUUUGCUUGGUUUUGCUUUAGUGUUGGUGGUAUUCAAUUGUUGUUUUUCUGUGCUUACAUGUCUCCGCUUUCUUCAAGGAAUAUGUAUGAAAUAACUUAAACUGAUUUUUUUCUUCAUUCAGUCUAAUUUGCAGUGUAUUUUUUGCAUUUUCUAGUUCUGAACAUGGAAAAUGAAACAGUCUAUAAUAAACUUAGAUGAGAUAUAGUUUUAAAAAGCUCUCAAAAUUGCUGAUAUAAAAAGUCAGUCUAUAUUCUGGAGAUGUUAUAUUAAAGUGUUUUAAUUUCUA